UUUUCCGCCUGCGGAGUGAAAAUUUUCCACAGUCAGUCUCCUCAUCCCGUAUAUAGUUCGGUCAGGUUACGGAACUCUGAAUUACCGUCGUCUAGCUUGGUUCCAGGCAACUUUAAACAACUUUCUCACGGUUUCAAUCGAAAGCCGUGAACGUCGCCGUGGUGUUUAUUUAUUUUUGUGUGGUGUCGAAUUUCAUGCGGUGUCAGCUCUUUUGAUACGCAAUCGUCGCGAGAUUCCUUUGGAUUUUAUGGAGCUAUAGAUUCCGGUCCCUGCCAUAAGAUAUCUUGUGAAUAAGGGGCUCUGUUUAGUGCACGGUCAUAUGCUGCAUUGUUUGUGCUGAGAACUUUUAUUCCUUAUCAGUUGAUGAGGGCGAGGAAGGAAAUACAAAAAUAAAUAAAUAUACGAGUGCUCUAGAGAUUAAAUCAAAUUUUGUUACAAGACGCGGAGAACUGAAGACACCUUCAAGAUGAUUCCUAAUAAAAAGAACUGAUACUUGCUUCACGGCAACCACGGAAAGCGGAUCUCGACUGGCCAGUACCUUGAUUCUGAUAAAUGAUAUUUUCUUAAGUCGUUGAAAAAAGAAAGUAGUGAUUUUUGUUUGUGGUAUUCAGUGUGACCUUCGGGUGUGUUUUGCUGCUUAGUGGAGAGAAGGAGGAGGAACAAAAGUAACAUCGACGGAUUCCGGUGUCGUUGACCACUGUCCGUGCAUUCAUUGUUGCUCACCAAUUCAUGGCAAAUUCUAUGAACAGUAGGACCCGUUUUCGUCGUCGACUGGCUGCGAUCUCCUUCCUGUCCAACAUUUCGCUGGACGGUACACACCGAGAUACGAAACUAGGUCCACUGCACGGUUCCGGAGCGACUAGCGGAGCUGGAUUGCUUGCAAACAUCGACAACAAUAAUGUGGCAGCUGGUGGCAACUUUGAUGAAUUGUCCGAGGACAAUCUGGACGGCCCUGGGACAGACGGAGAAAAUUUACCGAUCGGAAACUUUGAGAAUUUUGAAUCCAACCUAAAGGGCGCAGUCGGAACGUCCAGUAAUGGUCAAUUUAGACGAAUGCGAGCCCGAACUGGCACGUUUGGCAAGGCCAACGAUCGGAAUGCGAUUCAACGGCUCGAUCAUGAGGGUAAUGUGGUCUUUCCAAAAACCGCCUCGACCCCCCUGAAGGAUAGAGAAAAUGUGAAUCCGAGCGAUGGAAUACAGUAUUAUUAUACAGCGGACAAGCGAGCUCGAGCAAAUUCAACUUCUCUGCGACCAGGACUGGCCGGUACGAAGCGUGCAUUGCUGGUCAAUGCGAUCGGCAGUGAUGAUAAGCGGCCGGGGGAUCUGCCAAACAAUAGCAGCACCGAAAGUCUCAUUCAGGGAAGACGCAAUGUUUACAUCAACGACCCGUCGGCCCGAGAGAUAAAGAUCAUACCUCCCGAACUAAGACGGACCCACAACUAUCGGGACAAUAGGGUAGUGUUGACCUCAGGCAAAACGCCUUUUAUUCUGUUUUCAAUCUUGCCCAACUACAAGAACAAAUCAAACCGAAACGAUAUCUAUCGUCGCGAAGGAAGGCGUCGUAAUCCUUCCGGUACACGACCGUUGUCCUCCAUAAAUGAUUAUCCGUUCGAUGCAUUUCGUUUGCUCGGACUGGAAAGGGGCGGUGAACCAGGACAGGAAAUAUCGUAUGGCCAUCUUCUGAUUCCUUCGAGGCAGUAUCAUCGUGAGAAGAAACAUGAUAAAAGUAAUCGCGGUGGAUUCGAAAUAACAAAUUUUAUGUCUUGUGAAAAUCAUGCCGCCGCUAGGUAUUAUGCCUAUGAGUCAAAUCGCAAUGCAACAGCCAGUCCGUCACAAAACACAAGCAGCUUUGUGGAGGGAGGCAAAAAUGUUGAGUUUGAGGAAGGCUACACAUCGAUAUCGGGAAUGCAAUACUCACCUAAUAUUUUGGACGAUCCGGAACUAAUUGCCGGUAAGCAUCGUACGCUAUUGACCUUCACCUCGUACAUGACUUCCGUGAUUGAUUAUGUGCGGCCAUCGGACCUCAAGAAGGAACUCAACGAUAAGUUUCGUGAAAAGUUCCCGCACAUCCAGCUGACGCUCAGCAAGCUCAGAAGUAUCAAAAGGGAAAUGAAGCGCAUCAACAAGCUGGACUCUCGCAUCGACUUUCUGACCAUCUCGCAGGCGUACGUCUAUUUCGAGAAGCUGAUUCUGUCGAAUUUGAUCAACAAGGAAAACCGGAAACUUUGCGCCGGCGCCUGUCUGCUACUGAGUGCCAAAUUGAACGACGUCAAGGGCGAGGCGCUAAAAAGCUUGAUUGAGAAAACGGAGAGCGUGUUUCGUUUGAACCGAAAGGAAUUGAUUGCAUCGGAAUUUGCAGUUCUGGUUGCGCUCGAGUUUAGCCUGCAUGUUCCUACCAGUGAAAUACACCCACACUACCAACGAUUGCUAUACGAGUCCUAAAUCUGACUGUUCUUUUUUUGUUUUGAAAUAGUUUUUUAAAAUUCUGCCCGUUUCGUAUUACAUUUGAAUGCUGAGCAUAUUAUUGUUUUUCUUUUUUUCUGUUGUUCCAUUGACUCCUUUCAGCUACGUUCGAAACGUACCGGUUUAUGGUUAUUAUGUAAGAUAUCGCGUAAGAUAGCUAAUAGAGAACUAAGGCUCCUCUUAACGGAUUUUCAAGACUGUAAGUUUUGUAAAUGGAGUCAGAUCAUUUCAAAUGGGUACCAGACACAAAUGCAAAGAAAUAUGAGUUCUAAACUUGUGGCGUUUAUUUUUUUUUUUUUUUUGUUUUUGGUUUAAAGAUUCUUAAAAUAAAUUUU